UUAUGUAAGGAAAUACUGUAAAAAAUUUGAGAACGAUCGGUUGAAUAGAUUUUGAGAUACAGAGUGCACCGACUCAAAAAACAUCGAUUUGAGAAAAACGUGUUUAAAGUUUUUGUUGCUGUCUUCCCUGCUGAGGGAUUACUCAGGUUGUCGUUCGAGACCCGCCUACUUCCAAAGCUAUAUCUUUGUGAGUUUUGCUCCGAUUGACUUCCUAUUUACAGACAACAAUCUUGAGUUACUAUACUUUCAUAAUAUGCAAUUAAAAAAAAUCACUUUUUUUGAACCCUCAAAACCCUACCCCCCCCUUAAGCCACAAUCUAAGUAAGCCUAUAUCUUUUAGACACUUUUGUAAACAUUUUUACAUUUACCAUAAGCUGUAAUCUUUGGUUGUUUAAUUUCUUGUGCACAAUACUUCCGCUGCAUCUUAUAAAGCUCAAAAGCAUUUAAACUAAAAAUAACUUAUUAAAUUAUUUAAUACCGAAAUUUGUAAGUAGAAGCGGGCACAGCUUGUUGUUUAGAAAUUAGAAACUUUUAGCACUAUGAAAGGCACACCUGAUUGUUUUGAACAAACAAUUAUUUGAGCAAUAUUUUGCUUUGCUUGUUCAUAUGCGCAGCUUGUUUAUCAGCGCAAACAAAAAGCACACGAAUGUUUUUGCUUUUAUUUUAUUCCGACACCUGUCGCAGAACCAGUCGCCACGAGCUGCUCUCAGCCACUGCCCCAAAAAUUGAUUCACAAAAUAUUAUUCAGCCUAAAAGUGGACCAACUAAAACCUAAAUACAUCACUAAAAACAAGAUUCAGAACCUAAAAUAUUCACAUAUUUCACUUACCUUGGAGUGUCUCAUAAUUGUUGUUUACAUACUCGGACUAGCUCAGUCCAAAGCCCCUAAUUAGUGGCACUUCAGACGGACACCCUAGUACAACCAAAUCCAUUGUGGAGGGCUCAACUCCGCCCCUGACAAACCGUGGACAUGUGGAAAGUUCGCAUUUCGUGUCAGUGCAAAAAGGACCAGCGUCAUGAAAGGACCCACUCUGAACUUACGAAAAACUCCCAGCAAGGAUAAUGGCGUUAAGCAGGUGGAAAGUUUGGCCAAACCGGAAACUCCGCCACCGAAGUUUGUUGAGGAUUCCCACCUGGCAUUCAAUGUCUUGGCCAGCGAAAAGUUGCCCAACUAUGCCAGUCUGGAUCUAUUCCAUAGAGCUGUAUUUCAGUUGAUGUUUUUGGCCCAAUGCGUUGCCAUUAUGCCGCUGGUGGGCAUUCGGGAAUCUAAUCCCCGCCGUGUUCGAUUUGCCUAUAAGUCCAUACCCAUGCUCGUUACCCUGAUCUUUAUGGCCGCCACAUCCAUACUGUUUUUGAGCAUGUUCACCCACCUCAUCAAAAUUGGCAUCACAGCUAAGAACUUUGUGGGUUUAGUGUUCUUUGGCUGCGUUUUGGCGGCCUAUGUGGUCUUUAUUCGCCUGGCCAAAAAGUGGCCAGCAGUUGUGCGGAUCUGGACCAGAACGGAAAUGGUCUUUACCAAGCCACCGUAUGAAGUACCCAAAAGGAAUCUUUCGCGUCGGGUGCAAUUGGCUGCCUUGGCUAUCAUUGGCUUGUCCUUAGGUGAGCAUGCUCUGUACCAGGUAUCUGCUAUUCUAAGCUAUACACGUCGCAUUCAGAUGUGCGCCAAUAUAACUACGGUGCCCAGUUUUAACAACUACAUGCAGACGAACUACGACUACGUGUUUCAACUGCUGCCCUACAGUCCCAUCAUCGCUGUUCUUGUACUGUUAAUCAACGGAGCGUUCACUUUUGUGUGGAACUACAUGGACCUGUUCAUCAUGAUGAUUAGCAAGGGUUUGUCCUACAGAUUCGAGCAAAUAACUGCUCGCAUUCGCAAAUUGGAACACGAAGAAGUCUCUGAAUCCGUAUUCAUCCAAAUCAGGGAGCACUACGUCAAGAUGUGCGAGCUACUGGAGUUUGUGGACAGCGCCAUGUCCAGUCUCAUUCUGCUUUCGUGUGUCAACAACCUGUACUUUGUGUGCUACCAACUACUCAACGUUUUCAACAAACUACGUUGGCCCAUCAACUACGUGUACUUCUGGUACUCCCUGCUCUAUCUCAUUGGACGCACGGCCUUUGUGUUCCUCACGGCAGCGGACAUCAAUGAGGAGUCCAAGCGAGGACUCGGAGUCCUCAGAAGGGUUUCCAGUCGCAGCUGGUGCGUGGAGGUGGAGCGCCUCAUAUUCCAGAUGACCACGCAGACGGUGGCUCUUUCCGGCAAGAAGUUCUACUUCCUCACCCGACGCCUGCUCUUUGGAAUGGCUGGUACCAUUGUCACCUACGAGCUGGUCCUUUUGCAAUUCGAUGAACCCAAUCGACGCAAAGGACUGCAGCCACUGUGCGCCUUGCUCUUUAUUACACAAAUCUACGGCCUGCUUCCGGUCAGCAAUGUCCGCGCUUUGGACGUGGCGGAUAUCCGGUUUCGUUGGUGCUCGCCUCGCAUUUUCUACUCCGUUCUCAUUGUGAUUUUAAAUCUCAGCGAAUUUGGUGCUGUCAUCAACUAUGUCAUCAAUGUGACCAUUAACUUUCACACCUCCAGCACGCUUUCGCUGUACAUUGUCUGCCUGCUGGAGCACCUCUUCUUCUGGCGACUGGCCAUCCAGUGGCCCAGGAUUAUGCGCACCUGGCAUGGAGUGGAGCAGCUCUUUCUGCGCGUUCCCUAUCGCUUCUACGGCGAGUACCGGAUAAAGAGGCGCAUCUACAUCGUGUUCAGCAUUGUCAUGUCAUCGGCUUUGGUGGAACACUGUCUUCUGCUGGGCAACUCAUUUCAUCUGAGUAAUAUGGAGCGCACGCAGUGCAAGAUCAAUGUUACCUACUUCGAAAGCAUUUACAAGUGGGAGCGUCCACAUCUCUACAUGAUCCUGCCCUACCACUUCUGGAUGCUGCCCCUCCUAGAGUGGGUUAACCAGACCAUUGCCUAUCCGCGCUCAUUCACCGACUGCUUCAUCAUGUGCAUUGGCAUUGGCUUGGCCGCCAGAUUUCAUCAGCUCUACAGGAGAAUCGCUGCCGUUCAUAGGAAAGUGAUGCCCGCAGUGUUUUGGACUGAGGUUCGGGAGCACUAUCUGGCAUUAAAGCGAUUGGUGCAUCUGCUGGAUGCUGCAAUAGCGCCACUCGUGCUCCUGGCCUUUGGCAACAACAUGUCCUUCAUCUGCUUUCAACUCUUUAAUAGCUUCAAAAAUAUAGGAGUGGACUUCCUGGUGAUGCUGGCUUUUUGGUACUCCCUAGGAUUCGCCGUGGUUCGCACUUUGCUAACUAUUUUCGUGGCCUCUUCCAUUAACGACUACGAACGCAAGAUUGUCACAGCCUUGCGGGAUGUGCCCUCCAGAGCUUGGUCCAUUGAGGUUCAGCGCUUUAGUGAGCAGUUGGGAAAUGAUACGACAGCUCUCUCCGGCUGCGGAUUCUUCUACCUCACCCGCUCACUCGUCCUGGCCUCCUUACGACCUGAAGGACCUCUUUUCCAUUUGCUACCCAACAGCCAAGCCAUGCAGCAGUCGGGUCAAAGUAGCACCAAAAACACGCUUCAGCACGCCAUCGGCCCCGUUCUGGUUAUAGCCCAGUUCUUUGGAGUCCUGCCCGUUGCUGGGGUCUGGCCGAGCUCUCGACCGGAGAGGGUGCGCUUCCGCUGGAUAUCCUUGUCGCUGCUUGCUGCUCUCAUCCUGUUUGUUUUCUCCAUCGUGGACUGCGCCCUAUCCUCGAAAGUGGUGUUCGAUCAUGGUCUGAAAAUCUAUACCAUAGGAUCUCUCAGUUUCAGCGUGAUCUGCAUCUUCUGCUUUGGGGUCUUCCUGCUGCUAUCACGCCGCUGGCCAUACAUCAUCCGUCGCACGGCGGAGUGCGAACAGAUCUUCCUGGAGCCGGCGUACGAUUGCAGCCAUGGACGUGGCUACUCCAGUCGCCUUCGCCUCUGGGGAGUGUGCAUGCUGGUGGCCGCUCUGUGUGAGCACUCCACCUAUGUGGGCAGUGCGCUGUACAACAAUCACCUGGCCAUCGUGGAGUGCAAGCUGGAUGCGAACUUUUGGCAGAACUACUUUCAACGGGAGCGACAGCAGCUGUUCCUGAUCAUGCACUUCACCGCCUGGUGGAUACCCUUCAUCGAGUGGACCACCCUGUCGAUGACGUUCGUGUGGAACUUUGUGGAUAUCUUUCUCAUACUCAUCUGCCGCGGCAUGCAGAUGCGGUUCCAGCAGAUGCACUGGCGCAUCCGGCAGCAUGUGAGGCAGCAAAUGCCGAAUGAGUUCUGGCAGAGGAUUCGCUGUGAUCUCCUGGACCUCAGUGAUCUGCUGGGCAUCUACGACAAGGAACUAUCCGGCUUAAUAGUUCUGUCCUGUGCACACAACAUGUACUUUGUGUGUGUGCAGAUUUAUCACAGCUUUCAAUCCAAGGGCAACUAUGCGGAUGAGUUAUAUUUCUGGUUUUGCUUGUCCUAUGUGAUCAUUCGCGUACUAAACAUGAUGUUCGCCGCAUCCUCUAUUCCCCAAGAGGCGAAGGAGAUAUCCUACACCCUGUAUGAAAUACCCACUGAGUUUUGGUGCGUGGAGCUCAGGCGACUGAAUGAGAUUUUUCUAUCCGACCAUUUCGCACUCAGUGGCAAGGGAUACUUUCUGCUGACCAGACGUUUAAUAUUUGCAAUGGCUGCUACUCUGAUGGUCUAUGAACUGGUGCUCAUUAACCAAAUGGCUGGAUCCGAGGUGCAAAAGAGCUUUUGCGAGGGCGGCGUUGGCUCCUCCAAGAGCAUAUUCUCCUAGUUCUAGUUUCAAAUAUGCAUUCAUGUGCACCUUCUGUGUAUUUUUUAAUCGCACCUAAUCAAUCACCUGUCCGAUGAUAUCUAUGAAUACAAUGCGUGUCUGAAA